AUGGCUCUCAUUGUCGACAAGCAUCGGCCCCGGUCUCUAGAAGCUCUCUCGUACCAUCCCGAGCUCUCACAACGCCUAAAAGCCCUAGCCCAAAGCGGCGACUUCCCCCAUCUCCUCGUCUACGGCCCCUCGGGCGCCGGCAAGAAAACCAGGAUCGUCGCCACGCUCAAGGAGCUCUACGGCCCCGGCGUCGAAAAGAUCAAGAUCGACUCGCGCGUGUUCCAGACCACCAGCAACCGCAAGCUCGAGUUCAACAUUGUCGCCUCGGUGUACCACCUGGAGAUUACGCCGUCCGACGUCGGCAACUACGACCGAGUUGUCGUGCAGGACCUGCUCAAGGAGGUGGCGCAGACGCAGCAGGUGGACCAGUCUGCGAAGCAGCGCUUCAAGGUGGUGGUGAUCAACGAGGCGGAUCAGCUCACGCGCGACGCGCAGGCCGCGCUGCGCCGCACCAUGGAGAAGUACUCGCCCAACCUGCGCUUGAUCCUGCUCGCCAACUCGACGGCCAACAUCAUUGCGCCCAUCCGGUCGAGAACGUUGCUGGUGCGCGUGGCUGCGCCCACGCACGAGGAGAUAUGCCGUGUUUUGGCUGCGUCUGCUAAGAAGGAGAAUUGGGAGGUGACCAAGGGCCUGCACGAGAGAAUAGCGGUGGAGAGUGGGAGGAAUCUACGACGAGCGCUUUUGAUGUAUGAGGCGGUUUAUGCGCAAAAUGAAAAGGUGACGGAUAGUACGCCAAUUCCGCCGGCAGAUUGGGAGGCGCUGGUUGGGCAGAUUGCCCGGGAAAUCAUGGAUGAGCACACCCCGGCCAGGAUAUUGCAGGUGCGGUCGAAGCUGUACGACCUGCUGACACAUUGCAUACCGGCUACGACGAUUCUCAAGACGCUGACGUUCAAGCUGCUGGCGCUUAUCGACGACGGGUUGAAGGGCGAGGUGAUUCAGUGGUCGGCGUUUUACGAGCACCGGAUCAAGACUGGGACAAAGGUGAUUUUCCACCUGGAGGCGUUUGUUGCCAAGUUUAUGCGCGUCUUUGAAAUGUACCUCAUGAGCAUGGAGAUGUAA